AGGACCAGCAGAAGCAUUGGGAAACGAUUGCACAAUGGGUUUUCACAAGUGCGGAUCGGUACCCACAGCAAGCUGUCAAGCUCCGCAAGUGCUAGUAGUUACACUCAGCGAGCCACAUCGGCUUCCCCAACAGCUCGACUUCAUCCAGAAAACUACCAUCUCUCCAAUAUGACCGCAAAUGACUGGCAAUACGAAUCAUACGUGCAACCUGCACAAGUCGAACUCUACGAUGACGACCCGCUGCCUCCACCGCCACCUUUACAUACAAUCCCACAAGGGCCACCACCUCCGAUGCCACCAGAGCAGCUUCAUGGUUCCCCUGUAGGGAAGCAGACAUAUAACUUCGCCGAAAUUCGGAGGCAAAUCGACGAACUGGCGAAAUCUAGGGAGGAUUUGAGGGGAUAUCGAUUUCGGAUGCAGCGGGAGAGAAAGGAGAUCAGCAACAUCCGCGAGCAGACCGGCUCCAAGGAAGGUUCAGCAUUGAACCAGUUGCGGAAUCUCUUGCACAGGCAAUCGAUUGCUGUACCGCGAGAAAUAGAAGAGAUAUUGGAGCAGAUUGAAGCACUGAGAGACCAGCUGGGCGCACUUGAAGCUGAAUAUGAAGAUGACGAGAGAAUGUAUACUCGCAGAGAGAUUGAAUACAGCGAGCAGGAGUAUGACAUGGUCGAAAGACUAGGAGAUGUUCACUCGCACUACUCUCCACAGUCUGAUUUUCAACAAAAUCCAGCAAACGGGGGUAUCUCGAGGAAAUCUCUUGCAGCUGUUACAGACAGUCGGCAGCUUACCCCUCAAUACGAAGACACUGAUAUUGCUCCAUCAAAAAAGGCUCUUCAGCUAGUGCUGCAAGCAAAUCUGAACUACGAUGUUCAAGACCAAAUCCAGAACCAGGAGAUUGAUGACACGUAUACGGCAGAGAUAGAGUUGUAUGCAAACAGAGACGACGUCGAGAACUGGCUGUGUGAUAUGAUUUUUCAAUCUCCUUUACAGCAGAUAGAACGACAAAAUGCGAGACAGACUAAUGAGCCAGGCCCGGUUUCUCUGUUGGACCAAAUUCCUCACGACUGGUAUUGGAUUGAUAGCUUUGGGGCGCAAUUCCACAGUACAGACCUGAAUCGUUCCCAUGUGACAGGUAAACAACAAUACUUUACGAUAUCACGUCCCGGAUUCCUCUCACACAGAUCUUCUGCAUCUGUGCCACGCGCCAUCCUUCCUAAGGGACCAGGUCUAUAUGCGAAAAGGUCUUUGUACCAACAACCUCUUGUUCAAAUCAUGUCACUUCGGGGAUCCAAAUCUACAGGCGAUGUAUCUCUCAUGAGAGAUCAGGACGCCUUUAGUACAGUUGAAAUUCAACAUCCUCAGUCGUGCGAAAUGAGUAGGAUGUACCGAAGGAGGAGCUUGAGUUGUUCUUCUAUAGCAUUAGAGCAAUCGCCAGCUCUUGGGCGACCGAAGAAUUUCCAUGAAAACCAACGUAAACCGGUACCCCAUUAAAAACAUGGCUUAUGCACCAACUU